CGACAGCACGUAACAACUCCUACAAAACCUACUAAACUAUUAUCGUUGCAGUAUACCGUCUCCUUAUGACAUUACCUAUUUUUCUACCAUGUCGCCCCUUUAUCUUUGUUCCUGACUAGUUCUUUAAGUCGGAGAGAGGAGAGGCACAUACAUCACGUGACUGACACCGCUUCGAGUGACUCCAACUGGUUUCCGUUAUAUUUGGGAAGAUGGUCAGACAAGUCGUCAGGGGCUGGGUUUGUCGUUUAAUACCAAAAAUGUCGUUGUAAGCAUGUUUGCACUGAAGAAAUAAAACGUCUCCAACGCGGACGAAGAAUGCAUUAGUCUUCGUAGAAAGUCUAAAAUGGCCAUAAUAAGGGAACUUAAAGUCUGCCUUCUCGGGGAUACGGGAGUCGGGAAGUCCAGUAUUGUGUGCCGCUUCGUGCAGGACCACUUCGACCAUAGCAUAAGUCCGACUAUAGGCGCAUCUUUCCUGACUAAGACUGUUCCAUGUGGCAACGAGCUCCACAAGUUUCUGAUCUGGGAUACGGCUGGACAGGAGAGGUUCCACUCCCUGGCACCAAUGUACUACAGAGGAUCUGCAGCUGCAGUUAUCGUUUAUGACAUCACAAAGCUGGACUCGUUCCAGACGCUGAAGAAGUGGGUUAAGGAGCUGAAGGAGCAUGGCCCAGAGAACAUUGUGGUGGCCAUAGCAGGCAACAAGAAUGACCUGGGAGACAUCAGGGAAGUUCCCAUGAAGGAGGCCAAGGACUUUGCGGAGUCCAUUGCGGCCAUCUUCAUCGAGACCAGCGCCAGGAACGCGGUCAAUGUGGAGGAGCUCUUCCAGAAGAUCAGUGAGUGUCUCGCCGCGUCCCGCCCACCCCGUCACGCCUUCCUGUCUAAGCUCCCAGAAUACAACAAGCAGUGUCGGCAGAUCCCGCCCCUGGAGAACCCGGAAGGGGACAGCAACGAGUCUUUCAAGCUGACCCGUCAGGCCCCUCCGUCGAGCCGCCGCUGCUGCUAGACACAGCCAGGCACACACGCACACACACACACAUACACACACACGCACACGCACACACACACACACAGACUCACACACGCACACACACACA